AAAUUUAAGAAGCUUAUUCUACCAGCAUUAAAAAAGUUCGAGAAGUUGGAAAUAUUGUCCCUUGCGGAUCUUCCUUCAGUCAAGGGUCAGUUCUUGAAGGAGUUUGUUACUGCUAGAGGACAGACCCUGAAGCAGCUAAUUUUGACCAACUCUGGGAAAUUAUCUGAUUCUUCUAUCAAAAUCAUCUCUGAAAACUGUCCCAAUUUAACCGUGCUUGACCUGGCUAACGUAUGUAAGUUGACGGAUUCUUCUUUGGGCUACCUUGCAAAUGGCUGUCAAGCUCUGGAGAAAUUGAUUUUUUGUCGCAACUCUUUUAGUGAUGAAGCUGUAGCUGCAUUUGUAGAAACCACAGGCCGUUGUCUGGAGGAGCUAUCACUAAACAAUGUUAAGACGGUUGGCCACAACACGGCCCUAGCAAUUGCCAAACAUUCAGAAAAGCUUGUGUUUGUGUUUCGAUUGUGUAAAUUAAAACUUUAAUAUGUUUUUACAUAUUUAUUUAAAUAAUUAAUUUUUUAAAUUAAAAAUAUUAUGAAGGACCAAAAUC